GGGCGGGCGGCGGCGGCCAGGAAGCGGUGACGGCCAUGAAGCGGUGACGGCCAUGAAGCGGUGACGGCCAUGAAGCGGUGACGGCCAUGAAGCGGCGGCGCGGAGCGGAGUCAGAGCCGGGGUGUCUGAAGGCAUGGGCGGACCGGAACCGGGAACUGGCCGAGAGCUGGCGGGCGACGCGGUGCUCGGGGCAGAGCAGAGCCGUGGUGCGGGAGGUGCGGCGGCACCAAGGGACCUUCAGGGAGCUGCUCCUCGAGAUGUGGCGGCUGCCAGCUGCCCUCCCCACCCUGCCUCUGGAGCUCACUGUCCUCUACAACUCCCUGCUUUCCUCUGUGGGGGCAACAGACUCUGCCAUCAGGAGAGAAGCAGAAGGAAUACGCAUGGGGCUCCUUAGGGUUCUGGAGUCCUGUGGGUCCGGGGGUCAGGAUCUGAGCACCGAGGAGCUGUGGCAGAAGGUGCUGCAGGAGGUGACUGCAGAGGAGCUGAGGGGACCUUUGCAUCGCCUGUGUGCCCUGCAGGCAGGGUGGUGGCUGGGAGACAGGCGCCUGGGGAGCAUCACCAGCCUCUUCUGCCUCCUCAGACAGGCUGAGGGCACGGGGAGAGCUCACUGCAGCCAGGGGGAGAACAAACUUCUGUACCUGCUCAAGUCAUGGCAAGUGCCUCCUGAGGAGGCAUCCCUGCCCCUUGUACAGAGUGCUGAGGACUUGAAAGAGACCCUCUGCACAUCAGCAGUCUUUCUGCAAGGGCUGCUGGAGCUGGAGGCUGAGAACUUCCCCACUGCCUUCUCCCUCCUUAAGGAAGCUGCAGGAGGAUUCUGCUCCAAGAGACUCCUGGCUCAGAUCUACACCUGCCUUGGCUGCUGUGCUCAGCGAAUGGGCAAGCCUCAGACAGCCCUUCAGCACCUGAAACGGGCCCUCCAGGUGGACUUCCAGUGCCUUCCUGCCCUGUCCCACGCUGCAGCAGUGUACCAUGAGCUGAAGGAGACUGAUGCAGAGCUGCAGGCCCUGGCUCUGCUCUAUGAGGCUCUGGAAAAAAACCCUCCCGGAGCAACUUCCCUAACACAAACAGAGCUCCUGGUCUGCACGCCAGUCCUAGCUUCCCUCCUUCGCCAUCGCCACCCCUCUGAAGUGAAGUACCUGCUGGCACAACGCUGCCUCCAGGAUGGGAGGGUGGCUGAUGCAGUGGAACAUUAUCUGGAUGUUCUGACUCUGCUUCAGGAGGGGCCGCAGCAGCAGGUGCCCCUGGAUGGUAGCUCAGCUCUGCCCAGGAUCCCAGAGGUGUUCUUGGAAGCAGCAUCUGCCUUGGAGCAGGCUGGGAGGCACCAGGAUGCCAUAACUGUGUGUGAGGAGGUCAUCAGCCGGACAACUGACUUGAUCCCACGGAUGUUACUUGUGGAGCAGGAGCUGGAGCUGCCAGAGUGCCCAUCACCAGGGGCAGGGCUGGCAGGUCUGUCCCAGAAGAAGGAGAGUCUGCGUUGCCUGGCCUGGAGAGCAGCUGGAUACCUGCACCAGGGCUGGGCAUGGGCUGUGCUGGGUGAGAGCAAGGAGGCCAUCACACAGUUCAGCAGGUGUCUUGGUGAUCUCUUGCGGGUUCAGCUUUGUGGGUCUGGUGUUGGACUGACAGAGAAUCCCCUGCCAGAAGUGGAGGUGCUCCAGAAGAUCAGGUUGCUCUCCCUCAUUGGGCGAGGGACACAGUUCCUGGAGCUGGGAAAGCACAAGGAAGCCUUGUUGGAUUUCCAACACGGUUUGCAGAUCUCACCAGGUGACCCAGCUGCUGCCUCCUACCUGGUGCUGGCCCUGUGGAAACUGGACCGAAAGCAGGAGGCAGCUGCUCACUGGCUGAAGAUCUCCCAAAGCUCUCCGAGGGAGGAUGAGCAGGUGGGAAGGUCCUUCCCUCUGUACCUGGUGUCCUGUCUGCAGCAGGCUCUGUUCCCUCACAGGGAAUCCUUGGCCAGCAGACUCCAGGAUUACUUGGGACACCACAGACCGGGACCACUCAAUCUGAGCCGGGACACCUCCCUCUCCCCACUGCUGCAGUCUCCCCAUGCCCCCCUGGCACGGGAAGCCUAGAGGGGCUCCAGCAAGACUCGGGGUCACUCCUGGAUGAAGCUGGAUCCCCAGAGGUGGGAACAGAACAGGUCCUUUCCAAUAAAAGUUGCUGCUCCGU